AUGCAAUUAGGUACCUUAUUAGCAGCCACUGGUUUAAUCAGUGGAGUAAUUUCUUCCAAUUUGAAACCUCGUCAAUACGGUAGCAUCCAUGCCGAUAAGGAUGUUGUAAUUGGUGAAGAGCAACAGUUUAUGCAAAUCCCUUCAAUUGCAGAUUACCAUGACGAUGAUUCUGAUUGUGAUGAUGACUACUUUGUCUUUAAUAAAAAGACCACUUUAACUGAAUCCUCAGUUAAAAAGUCCAAAUCUUCCAAGUCUUCCAAGUCUUCCAAGUCUUCCACGUCUUCCAAGUCCAAAUCAAAAACUAAAUCCUCUGGUGGUGAAGCCCUCAACCCCGCUGGGUUGUCUGCUGCUGCAGUCGCUGGUUUAAUGGCUUUGUUAUAA